AUGUCGAUGGUAAUUUCAUCAGCUUCAACACCUUCAUCUCACACGUCACCAAUACCAAAGACGCCUCAACCAUUACAAGAUAUAUCUCUUCCCGAACCGAAUUUAGGACCCAAUACGAAUUCAGAAUCGGGACCUUCUUCACAACGUAUGUAUCCUAAAAUCACCCAUCGUCGCGAUCCCGAUAUAAUUAUAGAUGAAAAUAUGGAUAUGAAUAUGGAUAUGGAUAUGAAUAUGUCAAGAGAUAUAACACCUUCAUCACCGUCUGAUUUAGCGGUAGAUUACGCUUCACCUUCAAUGAGUCUAGGAUCAAUGGAAGGAAGUCAUUCAAUAUCUACUGGAAGUACGAGUGGUUUAGGUGAAGAUGAUCACGUCCAUUCUCACGGUCAUGAUCAUGAUCAUGAUGGUCAUGGGCAUGGACACUCACAUGGUCAAAUUGAUAUGGAUAAAUUCUUGAAGAAAAUGGAAAUGGAAAAGAAAAUGCAAGCGCUCCAACAACGUCUGGAAUUAGCCUCGAUGAAAGCUACCAAUGGAUGGAAAGAUAUGUCGAUAAAGGAGAUCGAGACUAAACUUCCCCCUACACCUCUCCGCUCGCGAAAAUCACAGCUUCUCCCUUCAUCUCCCAUUACCAAAUCUCCUACGCGCUCAUCCCCACUACCAUACGAACCUCCUUCCCCUUCUAGACCAUGGCAACUGAUCGACGUUUUGUGGCAACCUUUACCGCCACCUACUCAUGGUCGCUAUCCAACUUCGCCUUCAAGUCCAAAGAAACGAUCUAGAACUGACGAUACCGACUUAUCACUAUCACGCACAUCUUUGACUGGAUUAGGUCUACCUCUCAGUCCAAAUAGACAAAGGAAAUCACCAAUGUCAAAUCACAUACAUCGUAGAGCUUCAAGCUCGAUCACAGCGCAAGAACGGGAUCGCAUCAACGGAAACCUCAAUCUUGGUAAUGGAUCUGGUGCUGGUCCUUCUUCACCUUUGAGGUAUGGACUUGAAAAUGCAGUCAAUAACUCAAAUUCAAGUUCAAGUAAAAAGAAACGAUCACAAAGUCAUUCGACACACAUGAUAAACAGAAGAAAAGAUAAUUCAUCGUCAUUGACAACAAGUCAAGAUGUUGAUGCUGCAAAAGCUCUAACGUACAUGUUACAAUCUUCUUCCUCAAGUGGAAUUUCAGACGAUGAUUUACCUCUUCCACUUCAAUCUAACAGUAGAAGAAAUUCAAACGUUAUUAUGAAUGGAUUAUCAGCACCUGCAAUGACGAAAAAUGAUCGAUUGACGAACUCAUUACCUAUUCCAGAAGCUUUUGCACGUAAUGGAUCCACAUCACCUUCUUUACGUCCUGGUGCAUUGCAAUUACCUUUAUCAAUCAAUACGACUCCAAGAUCAAAAGAUUCAAAUACUAGAAAUAGAUUACCGGAUAGUGGUAGUACGACUACUUCGGUUGAUCAAAGAGGUGAAGAAGAUAAAAACGCUGCUGAAUUAAUGAUGUUUCUCGCUCAUUCACCUUCACCAAUGAAAAGAUUUAGUGGUCAAAAUGCACCUGAACCUGAAAGUCCAACUAAUUUCAGACCCAGUCUAGGCGCAGCAGCAAGAGUCCUAUUCGCGGAUGAUGAUUCGAGACCAGCAGCAUCCACAUCAAGAUUUCCCAGUCAGCCAGAUAUAGGUCAAAGCAACUUGGCUCUAGCACCACCUAUAACUCCUUAG